GAAAAAGUUUUCGAAAGUGACUAAUGAGGAGUGGUGCGUGGUGCUUGCAGUUUGGAUGGCAGUAGGCCUGCUACAAUGAGUGCGACCAGUGAAGUUAAUGAGAAGAUGUCUGGAGCUUCCCUGGAAGAACAAAAAAUGAGUUUGAAUGAUGAUGAUGCAGGGGAUGUUGUCAAUCCAUGGAAUGUAUCCAGCCAGUCACAGACAGGCAUAGAUUACAACAAACUCAUAAAGCGUUUCGGCUCGUCCAAGAUCGACACGGAGCUGCUGGAUCGCAUCGAGAAGGUGACCGGCCGGCCAGUGCACCACUUCCUGCGGCGCGGCAUCUUCUUCUCACACCGCGACCUGCACUCGAUCCUGACGAUGUACGAGGAGAAGAAGCCGUUCUUCCUCUACACGGGGCGGGGGCCGUCCUCCGAGGCGCUGCACCUCGGGCACCUCGUGCCGUUCAUCAUGACAAAGUGGCUGCAGGACACGUUCGAUGUCCCGCUAGUCAUCCAGUUGACGGAUGACGAGAAGUUCCUGUGGAAGGAUCUGACGUUGGAAGAGGCGAACAGACUGGCGCAUGAAAAUGCCAAGGAUAUCAUCGCAUGCGGCUUUGAUCCGGCCAAGACAUUUAUCUUUUCUGACCUGGAUUUCAUCGGGCAGUGUCCGCAGUUCUACCACAACAUGUGCCGCGUCCAGCGCAGCGUCACCUACAACCAGAUCAAGGGUAUCUUCGGCUUCGGCGACAGCGACCACAUUGGCAAGAUCGCGUUUCCGGCCGUGCAGGCGGCGCCCAGCUUCAGCUCGUCCUUCCCCUUCAUCUUCGGCGGCCGCAAGGACGUGCCGUGCCUGAUCCCAUGCGCCAUCGACCAGGACCCGUACUUCCGGAUGACGCGUGACGUGGCGCCGCGGCUUGGCUUCCCGAAGCCGGCGCUGCUGCACUCGUGCUUCUUCCCGGCGCUGCAGGGGGCCGCCACCAAGAUGUCUGCCAGCGACCCCAACACGUCCAUCUUCGUCACCGACACGCCCAAGCAGAUCAAGACCAAGGUGAACCGGCACGCGUUUUCCGGCGGCCGCGACACGGUGGAGGAGCACCGGCGGCUGGGCGGCGACUGCGCCGUCGACAUCAGCUACCAGUACCUGACCUUCUUCCUGGAGGACGACGCGCGGCUGGAGCAGAUCUGCGCCGACUACACCUCGGGCGAGCUCCUCACCGGCUUCCUCAAGAAGGAGCUGAUCGAUGUGCUGCAGAAGAUGCUGGCCGAGCAGCAGGAGCGCAGGAAGGCAGUGACGGACGACACGCUGAAGCUCUUCAUGACGCCGCGGCCGCUAACCACCAGGUUCUGCUAGCCGCGCUAGUUUGGGGAAGGGUGGGGAUGGUAACAGGACUGGGACCGGCGUCGAUGCGAGGGCUGUGUGGCCCCGGCAUGGUCGGGCUGCAUCCCGGCGGGGGGUAUUUUGGUUGUGGUCGGUUUUACGCUGCUGUGUGGAGGGCUGGACGGCCACGUUCGCCGUCGCGCAAACCAAAGCACUGUCCCAUGCCUGAGAGAUGUCGGGUUUAUGUUGUUGAAGUGUUCUGUUAUGCGUACGUUUAGGCGACCAUUUCUCUUUUACGGAACUUCGCGGGCAUAAAUACAUCUGCUGCAAACGUC